AAAUCCCACGUGCUGAAUAUUGUUCAUUUUUCUUCUUCUAAAAUAAUGGUGUCACUUCCAAACCAUUCAGGUGUGAUCUGAACCAACUUCACUGCACAACACAACUACACAAGAGGGUUUCAACUAUCUACUCCUCUUCUUCACACUCUUUGUGUGGGAUAAAGCAAUCUCAAUCUCUUCAUAAUGGAAAUAAGUAUUGCAAGGUCUCAUCUCGAAACACAGGGAAUAUUCUUUUCAAAUAUUUCAAGAACAAUAGGAUGGGAAAGCAUUAGGAAACUUCCAUGUAAUGUGGCUGCCCAGGGUUCAAGACGGGAUUUUCACAGAUUGGCCUCUUCCUGUCAAGCUUUUACUGCAGUGUAUCCUAGAAGGUCUUUUAUCUGUAGAGCAAAUUCUAUGCCAAUUAGUUUACAGGAAUCUGCAUCAUAUGGAGAUAAUUCUAUUGAGGAUGAGGAUCCAUAUACAGACUUGGAAGAGGAAGCUUUGGCAAAACCACCUACCAGUGAACAGAUAAUGACAUUGCUUGCUGACACACAGAGAGCAAAACUCACUAAGAAGCUUAGUGAGGCCAACCAGCAAAACCGGUUCCUAAAAAGACAGUUGAAUGUAAAGGAGGAUGCAUUGGUAAAAUUCAAAAGUGAACUUGCUGUCAUGGAACUUGAAAUUCAGGCUUUGGUCAGAUUAGCAGAAGAAAUAGCUCAAUGUGGUAUUCCAGAAGGUUCAAGGAAGAUCAAUGGAAAGUACAUUCAUUCUCACCUUGUUGCUAGAUUAGAAGCUGUAAAUGAACUACUGAAGGAACAAAUAAAAGAUGUCGAUGCGGCACAAUCGAAGGAGGUUUCUGUAUUUUGGGUUGGCAUGGCUGAGAGCGUGCAAGUUAUGGGCACCUUUGAUGGCUGGAGCCAAGGGGAGCACCUUUCACCUGAGUAUACUGGUUCUUACACAAGGUUUUCCACUACAUUGUUGCUUAGGCCAGGAAGGUAUGAAAUCAAAUUCUUAGUUGAUGGUGAAUGGAAGCUGUCACCAGAGUUUCCCAUUAUUGGUGAAGGGUUAACCAAAAAUAAUUUGUUAGUUGUCGAGUAAUGAUCCUAGUAACAGAUACAUUAGCAGAAACUGAGUGUUAUUUACUCAGUAAUUUAAAAUUUCUUUCUUUGGUAUAUAUACCCACAAACACUUUUUGAGUUAAGAGUGUGCUGUUAGCACUUCUUGUACUCAAACACUUUUGACCUAUAAUUAUAUUUUUGUGAUGCGUCGACAGUAACUUUAUUCAUAAAUAUUUUUAAAACCUAACUA